AUGCCGGAACGGCUCAAAAAGCCCCGGAAGGGAUUCAAAACUUUGUUCUCACGGGAGCGGCACAGCGCCGGUGGGCCGUCGAACCCCGAUUUCACGAACAUCGGGCUCGCACAUGCCGUGCACGCUCCACAAGGCUUCGAGCUGGUGUCGCCAAGUUCGAGCACUCUGCGUGUUGCCCAGGCUCCACUGGUCGACAAUUCAUCGCCGCCUAAUCAUGGACAAGGUAUGACAUAUGGCCAGACCACAUCGCUUGGUCUGGCUUUCAGACCUGCCAUCCCACCAUCCCAGACGCCGGCUGUUCUGGCUACCACACCCACCUCACCAGUGAUUCCAACGCCGCCGCCGCUGAACCCCUCGGAUACGACGGACACCGGAACCGAGGCCCAAACCGACGCUGACGACAUCGAGCCUUGGACGGCGGCAUUCCACCUGUUUCAAGAAAAGUCUCCUGAUCUUGCUGCCAGCUACGAGGAAUGCCUGGUGUCCCUGCAGGGCAUGACAGCGGACGACGUGAAACUGGCCGUGCCGCGGUCUGUCGAAGCUGUGGUGCAGACACAAUUGAAGCGGCGUGAGGGCAAGCAGUGGAAGCUGCCUCUUCCCUCGGGCAAGACAAUCAAUGUGCGCAAACAGACCGAAAAGCUGGUCAAGUUUUUGCUCUAUUUCGAUCCGAUCGUGAAAAAUGCAGUCAGUGCCCAGCCGUAUGCAGCACUGGCGUGGUCUAGCGUUUCUAUGCUUCUUUCAGUGCGUGUCACUCCUCCUUCUACCCUUGGACCAUUCCACCAGCUUCUGCAACAGUCAAACACUUUGCUGCUCACAAAUACCUCCGCCCAGAACGAAGCGAUGCUUGACGGUUUCAAUUCUAUCAACGACAUUCUAGUCUACUGGAAUGCCGGCGAAGAGAUCCUCCGCAAUGGCAAUACCGGAGCCCACUUUCUCAAGUCUCUCAGCAACCUCUACGCUUCUAUUAUUGAGUACCAGGCCUCCGUCAUUUGCCAUAUUUCAAAGGGCCAAGGCUCCCGAGCACUGCAGAGCGUUGUCGGCGCCGUGAACUGGGUUACAAAGGCACAGAAAAUUGCCAAGUUGAACACGGCGUGCAAGGACCUUGUGGACAUCAGUUGCCGGGCCGACAUCCAACGAGCCAACGACAGCACACUGCAUGGCAUGCGUGAUAUUGUCGUGGCGUUGGAACAGAGUGAGCUACAGACGCGUGACCGCGAGAGGGAGGAGAAAGAAACAGAACUUCUUCGCAAUCUCCAAUGCACCUACGACAGCUACAAAGACUUUAACCGCCAAAGAGUCCAAGGUACGUGUGAAUGGUUCUUCAACGACAGUAGAUUCCAUGCAUUGCGCGAUGCCAGCACGUCUAGUCUUCUCUGGGUCUCUGCCGGCCCUGGCUGUGGAAAGUCGGUCCUCUCACGGGCCAUUGUCGACGAACUGCGCGCGUCCACCGGCGGUGGCGGCUCCACCGUUUGCCACUUUUUCUUCAAAGACGGAGACGAAGACCGCACGCUUGCCGCCAAUGCGCUCAGCGCCAUCUUGCACAGCUUGUUCACCGAGGACGCAUCCCAGCGCUUAAUCCAGCACGCGCUGCCAAGCCACAAAAGCCAUGGCAAGCGCCUGGCCCAGGAUUUCCUGGAGCUGUGGAAGAUCUUAAUCAGCUGUGCUCAGUCGGACGACGCCGGAGAAAUCAUCUGUGUUUUGGAUGCACUCGAUGAAUGUGAACAGAGGAGCCGGCAUGAGCUCAUCGACUGUCUGAGACAGUUUUACACGGACCAACAACCCACGUCCGCCAAGACCUCAAAGCUGAAGUUCAUCAUCACAAGCCGCCCCUAUGACGACCUGGAAAAACAAUUCGCCAGGUUCGCAACGGUCAAUUGCAUCAAGUUCCACGGUGACGACAAGUCCGCCGAAAUAAGCCGGGAGAUCGAUCUUGUCAUUGACGAGCUCGUGGACGAAGUGGCCGGCUCGUUUAGUCGCGAUGACCAGGAGAGGUUGAAAACGCACCUCAAGAGCAUGAACAACCGCACGUACCUUUGGCUGCAUCUUACCUUUGACAUUAUCAGACAAAGCCCGAGCGAAUUCGGCCGACCUUGCGACAUCGACGAGCUUCUGUCCAUACUGCCGUCUGAGGUGGCCGACGCGUACGAAAACAUCCUGAACCGGAGCAAAAACAAAAACCGAACAGAAACAAUCCUUUCCAUUGUGCUUGCCGCCGAAAGACCGCUGACGCUCCGCGAAGCAAACGUCGCCGUGGCCAUGGCCUUUGCGUUGCAAAAUAACAAGUCGCCGCCACCAUCCACCUCCGCUGAGCUUGACAGACAACUAUGGCCAGACGACACGUUUAAAAGCGUCGUAACCAACCUCUGUGGCCUCUUCAUCAGCGUGUAUGACCAAACAUUAGUCUUCAUCCAUCAAACCGCGAGAGAGUUUCUCGUCGGUGCCAGAGGCGAAGGCAAUGUUUGGCAGGGACGUUUUGCCUUGCCCAAAUUGCACGGCGUCAUGUCCUCGAUCUGCGUUCGCUAUUUGCUGCUGCAAGACCUACACGUUUCCUUUAAGGAAUACGUCGAUCACUUUACAUGUCCAGCCAGAUUGUUUGAUUACGCCGCUAAACACUGGCAUCGGCACCUCGCCGCACAGGAGCCCACUGCUGGAUUUGAACUACUGUCAGAAGUUCGCAUCCUCUUAGAUGCAACUGAUUUCCGAAACAACGCUUGGCUACGCAAGUCCCGCAAAUUUGAUAAAUUGUACGGGAUGACCAGCCUGGCUGUUGCAAGCUACUUAUGCCUGACGUCAGUUGUGGAGGACAUACUGAAGACCGGCAAGGUAGAUAUUAACGAACGCGACGCACAUGGCGAUACAGCGCUUCACCACGCCGCCGAAAAAGGCCGUACGGAAAUUGUUCGGCUACUCCUCGAUAACGGCGCCGACAUUCAUAUGCGGAGUAAAGAUGGUGAGACGCGACUCUGGGACGCGGCCUAUCAUGGCAUUAAUGAAAUGGUUCCGCUACCACUCGAAAACGGUGCCGAAGUCGAUGCGUUAAAUCGUUGGGGUGUGAGCAUACUCCACAAUACAGUCCCCUAUGCAGUCAAAAACGGCCAUACCGAAGCCUUGGGAUGGCUCUUCGCCGAAGGCGCCGACAUCCACAUACAAACUGCGAAGGGUGACACGGCACUUCAUAUGGCAGCCAUGCGCGGACAUACGGAGGCGGUAAGACUCCUUCUUGAUCACGGCGCGAAUAUAAACGCACAAAACGAGGACGGCCAAACAACACUCUUUAAGGCGCUGCAGACAAAUCACAUGAGCGUGAUUCGGCUACUCUUGGAAUACGGCGCCGACGUUUUUGUACAAGACGUUGACGGCAGGACGGCACUUGAAGCCACGCACGAGAGUGAUCCCGCCAAAGCCAUUGAGAUACUGUCAAUAGCAUUAGAAGUGCUCUGGAAACGGGUAGACGACUUUCCUAAGCAGGAUCUGGACGGUCUGGAGGAACUUGCAGCCAGAGUCGAGAGAAACCUCGCUACGGCUCAUAGACUCUACGAGACAUGGUUUGGCACAACCAUUGAGUUGGCCGCAAUCUUCCCUCCCCUUUCUUUGCAAGGCUACGAAGGAAUCUUAACUUGGCAGGGCGGAAACAUGCUACUCGUCGCGUACCAAUACCUCCGGGGUUUCUUAAGAGAAAUGCAGAGGGGGCGAAAAAAGGGUUAUGGGGAGGAAUGGUGUACAGAGGCAGCCACAUGGGUAGUCAAUUUCAGGACUCGCGUAUAA